GGCCAGCUCAGACCCCGUUCCAGAGAUCAUCGGCUUCCUGCCAUCAGCUUCCUCUGGUGACCAGGAGAGCCCCCCCGAAGCUACCAACAUGAAGAUCCUCUACCUGCUCAGCUCUGUCCUCUGCCUGGUCUCCUGGACCCUGGUCCAGGGGGCUGAGGUCAGGGAAGAGUUCCUGGUCCAGAAUGGACAAGUGGACAUGGCCAGAGUCCCUGGGGCUGACCAGUUGUCGCUGAACACCGAUGCUCCUCAGAGCUUCGUGCUCAAGACCCCCUAUCUAGGUGUCCAUGAGGCGAGGAGCUGUUUCUGUCGCUGUAAGCCAAACUGCUUGGGUCCAGAAGCCCAGAUGGGGACCUGCAACAGUAACAGACGCCUCUGCUGUAGGUGCUGAGCCUGUUACAUCAGCCAACGGCCACUUCCGGACCUCCAGUGGAAUCACCCACCUUUCCCUGCUGUACUUCUACUAUGAGACACAUCUCACCUCAAGCCCUGGAAUUGCAAAAGACAGAUCUUCACCCUCUCGGAGUCCCAGAAGAAUUAUGUUCUUUCCUGGGGGUCUAAGAUCCUCCUCUACUCUGUUCCCACCCACCUCUGUCAAUCUGUCACUUAAUAAAAACGAUAAUAAUAAUAA